AUGACCUCCAUGGCUGUCAUAGUAGCAGUGUUGACCAGGUAUCAGCCUGGAGGGCCAAGCGAGCGUGCCAACGUGUUGGCUUUCCUGGUGUCUCCUGAGCGGCCUACAUCCAUCGAAAACGGCCUCACCACGUGCCGCAGAUGGCUCCGUCAGCUACAGCGGGCCAAAGAGUUGAAUUUGAUGUUGCCGGAUGCUACGCUGUUGAUCAAAGGGGCUGACUCUCUCAUGGGCCCGGUCCUUACUAGGAGCCAGCAGUCUGUCUUCAGGUUAAACUCGUUUCGGAACGAGCGGAAGCUGGACUACAUGCCUACCUUUGAUUCCAUCGUAGCUUUCGGGCAACUCAUCUUAGCUGAAUAUGAGCUGCUGCAGCAUAGUGAGAACCUCAUGGACGAUAGCACGUACGCCUUUCUCCAAUCGCUUGCGUUGACAGGCAAACUGGCCGUCCAAGUAGAUGGGGCGUUGAUGUUCCGAAUGGUCUGGUUGUAUCUGAUCGCUGAGGCAGUCACUGAAGAGCUCG